AUGGGACAACUGCCUGAUUUUAGGACUAAUCCAGCUCCUCCAUUUUAUCAUACUGGAAUAGACUACACAGGAUCUAUUAAAGUAAAAUCAAACAAAGGGAGAGGAAUCAAAACCUCUAAAGGAUACGUUGCCCUGUUUGUUUGCAUGGUUACGAAAGCAGUACACAUAGAGUUAGUUUCCGACCUCAGCAGUUUAUCGUUCUUAGCUGCUUUACGUCGCUUCUCGGCUCGACGAGGAACUCCAAAGCAUAUAUAUUCUGAUAAUGGAACUAACUUUGUGGGAGCCAAUAAGAUACUUCAAGAAGAGCAACAACAUUUUGAGAACAUUUUUAGCGACAGCUUUUAUAAAGAAAUAGCAGAACUAAACAUAGAAUGGCAUUGGAAUUGUCCAUCUUGGCCGAGUGCUGGAGGGAUCUGGGAGCGAUCAAUCAGAAGUCUUAAGCAACAUAUGAAAAGAGUAAUUGGAGAUCAAGCCUUAACAUUCGAAGAAUAUUCUACUAUUCUGUCUCAAAUUGAAGCGAGCCUUAACUCAAGACCACUGUGUUCAAUGUCAGAAGACAUAGAGGACAUUGAUUUUCUUACACCAGCACAUUUUUUAACUAGCCGUGCGGGUCUUACUGUCAUAGAAACAGCACAAGAUGCGAGGACAAGAUGGUAUUUGGUGAACAAAACGUUCCAAGAUAUAUGGAAACGCUGGAAAACCGAAUAUCUUAGCCAACUAUCGAUGCGUAGCAAGUGGUUCAGGGAACAAAAGAAUAUAGAGAUAGGAAACAUGGUUACUAUUCAUGAUGACAACAUGCCUGCCGGAAAAUGGCCAGUUGGUCGGGUGGUAGAGGUCCACCCAGGAAAGGAUGGACUCGUCAGG